CCGAUCCGCGGCGCGUCAUCGGUGAGGGGCGGCAACACCCCUCCGAAGUGGUAAAUACUAGCGCCCUCCCCUGCGCAACUCAUUCUGCUCUGAUCAGUGCCCUUGUGAUCAGUUUGUGUUUCUCUCGUUCCGUUUUCCUCUUUCGCUCAUUUACCGUCACUUUUCAAUCAUGAAUUUCUACAAUCUUCUCUUCGCCAUUGGUGCCUGCUGUUUCCCGACCGAACAAAUUCAGAUGUUCGAUGAACUUCCUGUGGAACUCGUGAUCCAAAUUUUAAGCUUUUUGGAUCCAAAGUCUCUAUCAAUCAUGUCGCGGAUGAACAAGCGUUUAUUUCACAUUUGCAAGAAUAACAAAGGUCUUAGAACUACGAUCAGAAGAUACCUUCGCAAGGAACGGAAAGAGCAACUCAAGAAAAUGCUGAACCCAGUCAAAGUCAGAGUUCUCAGGAGAGGAGCUGAAACUACGGAUGUAGUAUUCCAACGCCAAAAUACCAGGAGAGAAGCUGUUGUCACUCGGAAUUUUAAGCCCUCGCAAGUUUCACAAAUCCGCACAGAAGACCCGCAAGUGGUAUUUCGCCGCCAGAACACUACAGAUGGAGAUAUCGUCGCAAACAGAUUCGGGCCCUCGCAAAUUGUGCCAACGAUGAAUAGUCGCCCAAUUGCAGCCGUCUCGAAGAAACGGUCACGUGGUGGUCAAGAAAGGAACCUAGGAUCAGGGCUAGCCAAAAGGGUGCGGAUUUGAUUUGUCUUCCUCAACUUAGAUUUUAAGUUUACUCAUCUUGUGAGUGUAUUUUUGUUCUGUAAAUAGUUGUUGUUUAUACAGUUUUGUUAAAUUUUAUUGUUGUUGUUUGUGAAUAUUUUAUGUAGAAUAAAAUUGUAUGUCUGAAAACACGCUUGA